CCCCCUGGUAUAGACGUGCAGUAACAGCGGCUGCUACCUGCUACAGCUACUUGCUUGUCGGGACGUUAACUUUGUGAAAUAAUAAUCAAUACCAAAUCGAUCUGGCUCUUCAAAAGAACUCCCUCACAAUCAACAAGUGUGUGUUCAUCCUUUCUGUGGUAUAUACUAAUCCGCCUCCCUUUUAUAGCAUCCCUUGUAUCGAAUCGAAGAAAUUCUGCGAAGAUCGACCAAUGCCAAAUUCGCCCAAUACCAUGCCUGUUCUUGUAUGGAGUAGGAGCAGCGGUAGUUGCCCGCGUCCUGGCCGGCAGUCACAGAUGAGGUUCCUACGCCGGAAGAUGCUGCGGGUUAAGAGGGUUCUAAAUACUCAUUGGAGGCUGGUCAUGGUUUCAGCCCUGACCCUGACCACGAUAUAUUUCGUUUUGAAUAUCAGGAAAAAAGCUAUCAACUCAACAAGACGGAAUUAUGCAGACAUGCCAGGCUUCCAGAGAGACGCAGGGCGAAUUGCAGAUAUGUUCUUCAAUCCCCCGGAGGAUGAGUUCGACAAAGAAUUUCGAGAUAAAUCCAGACUGCCGCCAUCUGUUGAGACGAUGGAGGAUACGCCGAAACUCCAUACGGGGGACACACUCCUAGGCUAUUUCCUGACCAUGUAUGUCGAUGGUAUGGAGAUUACAUGGUCGAGUGCUGUUAACAGCAGAAGUCUAUUAUUUCUAGCCAUGCAAGAUUACAUGUUAAUGAUGGUUGAAGCAGAUGUUCGAGUUAAAUGGAGUGACACCAAAAAGAAAAACAACGGAUCGGUCCUUAUUGCUCCAAUUCCUACAAAACUCAACGAGGAUAGCGUACCUCUGCAACGCUAUCUUUAUUUCUUAUCCAGAUAUUCGAAUAAAGGCAUCCAAUUGAAUUUUCCGGAUAUAGAAACCGCUCGGAUAGCCCUACCUCAGUUGAAUGGCAUGAAGAGCCAGCUUCAUGCGCCGGUUUGGUUGCAUGCAGAUGUAUUACCGGGUCCGAAUUUAGCCGAGGUGCCGGUUGAUCCGAAUCAGUUUAUUGGUUUGGUACAGAGUAACUUUCCCAGUUCAACGCUCUUGCUCGGAUGGGCGACUACCUGGAGUCCGGAUGCACCUCAGAUCCGGUAUUCUUGGUAUAACGUGAUAGAAAUGGCAAAGACAUGCGCGGGAGCCAAACAGCCGGUUUCAUUUGCUGUCCGGGCGAUUUAUGCACGCAAAUCUAUACGGCAACUUCGGUUUCUUCUCAGUCUGACUUCGCGGUUCUCGCUUACUGUUUGGACCGAUGUUUACGACAUCAUGCCUCUGCCGGAUCUGGUUCACUUCAGAAAGAACAUGGAUCCGAAACGGGUACACUAUAAUUUACCAGAAAAUUUCAUGGAGAGUAUAAAAAGUGUAAACGGUCAACAACCGGCACCAAUUGAUCCGGAAACCAUGCUCUGGAAUCGGAAUUUGUGGCAACCGGUUUUAAUGGAUGAUGUUUCAUUGGUAUUUCUUGGAGCUGAGCAAGCAGUUUUAGAAGGAGAAGCGAGUUGGAUAGUUUCUAAGAUACCAUACCAAGCAGAAUUACAAGCUAAAGGAAAAACUGUCGUUGUUGAAGGAAAAUUCCAAUUCUUAAGCAGAGACUCACAAAAAGUGGUUAAAGGAGAAGCGGCUCGGGUCAUUAUCCGGUCAUCCGGCGUCAACCCGCCAGCACCGGAUAAAGUCCAAGGCGUUCAGCUAGUCGUCAGACCAGACGGUUUCAUAGAGUUAUCCGAAAUCAACAUGCAACACGCCUCGUUGUAUGAUUUACGAACAAGUGGACAUUUACCACGAAACGACUGCUACGAGUUUAAGAUCGUCGAUAGGGGAGAAGAUUAUCCAAUAUUUUGUGAAGUGAAAUUAUUAAAAUGUGAAGAGGAGGAUUCCGAUUUAGAAGCUCUAUCGGUGUCAUUACAUUUUAAGGUUCCUUACGAGCCAGAGAGUCAGAUGUAUUACAUAGCUGUCAACCCUAUUGGUGGAAAACAACCUUUAGUUAUUGAGAAUUUAGUUGUAUACUCUUAGGUAAUGAAGACUUGACAUUGAAGUGUAGAAGUAGUUAAACCCUGUGCACACCUCAACUCAAUCAUUUUUCCAGCGGAUGCUUCGAAUAAAUUGCAGUACUAUUUUUUUUCCUCCAAACUUCCAAAGAGUGUUUCUGAACCCCAGGGGCACAUUGCAGAAAAAGAGUUUCGUUUAAACGCAAGUCAAAAUAUCAAGCUCAAGUCCUGAAUAAGGGUGCUUCAUUGACUGAAAAUUAAGUUGCGCAAGAUUUUUUGAGUUGCAAUUGAGCUCAACUCUUCCUACAACGGGCCCCUGAUCUUGAUGAUGAUUCAUUCUUUUUUUUUUCAAAUUAAUGAGGUAUUCAAUGAUGGUUUGGGACAUAGAAUUACCCGUCUUGGUGUUUCUCUCAGACAGAGUAUGGUAGUUUCCGACAUUUUCCAUAUGAACAUAGUUUCUCAGCCAAUCAAAGUCAGGAAAAGUUGCCAGGUAACAAAUGUUGAUGAAACGCUCUACUGGGGUAGAAAUGAAUCCCCCUUGAGGACUCCUCCCCCACCCCCCC